AAUGAAGGAGAAAGGUGUGAAAGCUACCAGCUAAGGUGUUAAUUACCCAUCGCUAUGACAGCCAUUAAUCCUGCAGGAAAAUAGAAAAUGGAGAAAGCGGCGAGGGAAAAUAUAAGCAGGUUGCUUCUUCGUUUUACACUCAAUUAAAAAUUCGUUAAAGGGAAACCAGACGCUUAAAGACCAGUAAAUCAGGGGGAUGAUUUUCACACAAAUAAACUUUGCAAUUUAUGAGGAAAUUUAAUGUAUGUUCCUUGAAUUAAUGUUUGUUAUAAAUAGUGAUACUUCUUACAAAAUCUAGUUCUCACUGAAGAACAACGUUAACCCGGUAUUACUUAUAUUUCUGGUCACAUUCUAAAACUAAGUAAUAUUCUAAAACCAUAACUUACUUACUACUACAUAAUUGAUCCUUUCAUAAUAUUAUCGCAAUUUUAGGAACCCUUACAAUAUUUAUCUAAUUUGUAUAGUAUCUUUUUUUUUUUUUUUAUUAAUUACCUUACGAAGGAUGAAUCCUUAGAUCCUUAACAACAGAACUAUAGCUUUUGGGGUUCUACUAACAAGCAGCCCCAGUCAGAUCCCUCAAAUUCCGAAAAUGAACAUAUUUCUACCGUAUAUCGUACUACUGAUGAUUCUCCGCAUAACGAAUGCACGCUCGAUGAGCUUUGACCUGCCUUAUUAUGGAUACGACUCCUACCUGGACACCUAUUUGGACAACACCAGCGAUGGUGAUGAGGUAAAAUGCGAUCGUGAUGGCAAUGCUCCGGGUACAGUGGAGCCCUCGCCUUAUCAGGGAUAUCAAACCCAUUCGCCCUACCAGUACAAUCCAUCAUCAUGCGGAAAUAAUAGGGAUAGGGAUAGGGAUAGGGAUCGAGGUAGGGAUCGAGAAAGAGAUCGGGAUAACAGCGAUUCCAGUGAGAGCGAUACGAGCAUAUCCCGGAUGAAGGCCACCCACAUUGCCCAGAAUGCCGCCCAGGUGGCCAAGGCCGCCAAUGAUGCACAGGCGGGGGCCGCCCAAGAUGCCUCCCGCCAGGUGAAAAUGCAAUUGGCCGACAAGGCCAUCUCGGCCGCUCGGGCCGCCGAUGCCGUCCUAGAGGGUAAGCAAACCAUUGUCGAGAACUUUGGACGGGAGGUACGGGAGGCCGAGGCCGUUGUGGAGCAGGUGAACGCUUCUCUGGAGACCAGUGAAUCGAAUGUGGAUGACGCCUGUGCUGCAGCCAAGACGGCGGAGGCUCAAGCCCUCGCAUUCAGGGCUAUGGUGGAGCAGAUGAGGGCCACCUUGACGGAUGUGGACGGCCUGAUCGAGCAGGCCAACGCGGAUGUGGAGGAGAAGACCCAGAUGCUGACGGCCGCCAAGGCGCGUGGUGACCGGUUGGCCCGCCAGAUGGCGCAGGCGAGGUCGGAAUACGAGCAGGUGAAGGACGCGGCCUGUCGAGCAGCCUCCGCCGCCGUGGAGGCCAAGCAGAAGGUCUCUUCCAGCAAUUUCCUGCCGUUGGGCGGUGGAGGAGGAGGAGGAGGUGCUGGUGGAGGAGGAGGUGCUGGUGGGGGAGGAGGUCCUGGUGGUAUUGGGGGUGGUCUGCCGCCGCCCCAAAAGACGGGUGGGUGUGGCAACUAUGGCCACGAUAGUGUCACCUGCCAAGCCCUCUUGGAACUCUACAGGCAGCGACGCCGGCAACAACAGCGAAUGCGUCGAGAGAAGCUCCGGAGUCGGGCGACUCGAGGUCGAGAAGAGUCCAUCUACGAGGAUCACUCCUUCGAUUGAUGCGACCUAUGUAUAUUUUGAUAGGGACUACCAGUCCGUU